AUGGCGACCAUGGACGGUGUUUUCAUAUUCAUUGGAUGGGCAAUCAGCAUAUUUUAUGUGAGCGUGCCCAGGGUUUUUAUGUGUCUCCUCUGUGCCUGUGAGCUGUCUAUGGCAGGUGCAGGAGUAGGUUUAUAAUAUGGAUGUGCCCAGGGUCAUUUCUGUGCCAGACAAAGGAUGUGAAUAUAGUUGUCACACUGCUGCCAUUUGCUAAUGCAUUUAUUACAUAUCUGUACAUUUUUUGUUACAGGUUUUGGCUUUUUAUCCACAUUACAUUGUGUUCAAAAUAACUAAGAGGUUGGAUUUAUGUCUUGAAUUUGAGUUGGAAAGUUGUGAAGCAUUUCUGCAGCUGUAGAAACCGUUUCAUUCAGAUUAACUGAGCCGAAAUAUGGAGCUAUUUUCAUCCUCCCAGUGCAGCACGGCCAUGUGAAUCUUCAUGUGUGUCUCUGUCUAUGCAUGCAUGUUUUGUCUCUGCGAUUAACGGCUAGCCAGUGAGGCCACUACAUCACGUUGAUGAAAGGGGAACAAUAGCUGUGUCUCAGUCAACAACGUCUGUCUGCCUGGCUUGGGCCAUGUUGUCUCUCUUUUCCUCUGUGUGUGUGUGUGUGCGUGUCUCCUGGACAUGAACUUGAACUUGAGACAGGCAGCCAGACACCAUCUGUGCACCAGGGGUAAUGAAUUCAGUGCAUUCAUGGCUGUGGAGCAAGCCAGGCCACCACCACCCAUUGAUGAGCAGAUGACCCCUAUAGUCUGAGUUAGCUCUUCAUCACUAAUAGAAUUCAACAAUACCAGCUGGUAGGAGUAGAGGAGUUUGUUUUGGUUGAGAAACACGAAGAGUGGUGCGCAGCUGACAUGCAUGCGUGCAGAAUACGUGCCCGCAUGCAUGCGUCUGUAUGUGUGUUAGUGUUAGAGAGCAUAAAUGCAUGUAUCCCUGCAUGUUUACCUUCCGUUGGGGUUAUCUUUGUCUCACCCUAUAGCUUAUGCAAAUUAACCGGCAUGCACCCUUCCCCUUCCUAUUAAACCACUUGGCUUCUUUCUUUUUUUUUAACAACACAGCCAUACUGAAUUUACUGCCUUGAUAAUUGAAAGGGCUGGCUCAGUAGUCCCCUCUGAUAAAAGGUAGUAAGUGAAUGAGGCAUAAACCUUAAACAAGCAAGGCACAAUGUGAAUUCCUACAGGCCCUCCUCCUCCUCCUCCUCCUCCUCCUCCUCCUCCUCUUCCUCCUCCACCUCCUCCUCUUCUUCCUCCAGCCCGAGCUUCUGUCACAAUCACAGGCACCCAUAUACGCACACGCAUGCGCACACACAAUAAGGCUUUUCCCUCUGGUUGGUGUCGCCACGGCAACGGUAGGUGAGAUCACCGUGCGCAUGGCAGCAUCAGCCCCUGCCAUUGCAGGACAGAUUCCUGGUUUCUGUGUGUGCGCGCAUGUCUGUGUGUUUUUGUGCAUGUGUGUGUCUGUGCAUGUACAGUGCUCUAUGCAAGAAACUAGAGUGCCACCCACUCCCUGUCUCCAUGGCUCAAUAUAGACACACAUUAUUCUGAUCAAAUGUUUCCUGUCAGGUAGUCGCAAGUGCAUUGGUCAAAUGAUGCAUACAUUUUUUCAGUAAAUUCAUAAAUUGAAGUUAUAGAGUUAACUAUAGUGGUAGUCUUUAUUUUAUGUAAAAAUUCAAACGAAGACUGAGACUGCACGCCGCUCUUUCAUGCAAAUACUGGCAAACACGCUCAAAAGGUGUCAUUGGCUCGCUCAAUGGUGUCAUUGGUGAUUAAGAGGCAUCCAAUCGACGUUCUUCCAUAACAGACCAGCCAGCCAUAACUUGCCAAUAAUCCUCUGAGGAAUGUCAUGGUUGGGCCUUUUUAAUGACAUCAUGCAUGGCCACUUGAGCGUCUUGUGGGGAGCAGCGGGCAUGCUGUGCUCUGCCACGCUGUACGGCCCUUCCCUUCAGCUAACUGCAUGGAUAUGCGCAACCAACAUGCUAGACAGGCUCCUCGUUUACUCAUGUACUGAUGUUAUAGAGCUUAAAGUGAUUAUCUGUAAAUGGCAGGUUUGUUUUUCCUCCUGAAUGAUGGGAUGUUUUCUGCUUUCCUGGCUCUGAAGUGAUUUUUAGCAGUUGUGACAAACAGAAUAAUGUGCAGCAAAUGUUUAAAGUCGAACUUGAGUAGUUUUACAUUCAAUCUAGACUUGGACUUUGGAGCUCAAAUUGAUGCCAGCAAAAACUGUCAUUGCAUUGAGAUCCUCCCAGACCAAUGUGUAAAACAGUGAGUCAGGAUAUUUACAAUUCUAAACUUGUAUUUAUCCUUUCUAUUGUCCAUCAAACUGAGAACUGCAGCAUAUGAGGGUGAUAGAAAAAAGCCAAACUGAUGUCUCAAAACUGCCACUGUUUACAUCUUUACUUUAGACUCUCUGUCUGCAUCUGUUUGCUUGUCUGCCACAUAACUCUUAUAUUCUCCAUUAUUUAAGGACAGAUUACUGUUGUGCAAAACUAGAAACUUCAAAAGGCAAAUAAAGGAAGGAGAGAGUCUUUGAGAUUGGUCGAAUAAUCAAACAGCAAACUCACUGUUUUGUUUAUAAGUGGAAGCAAUUCUUAAUUUUAUAUUUCAAACAUGAAAUCAAGCAGAUUUAAAUUCAUCUUCUAAUAUAAUUCGAAUGACAAAGAAGUCUUGGCCCAAUUUAUGGUGUAAACGUUGCUACUAUAGUUUGUUUAGUAUUAAUACACAAUAUACAUAUGGAUCUAAAACCUGAUCUAAAUGUCACAUUUAUAUGUCAUACACUUUGUCUCUGCGAUGUCAUGAUUAUUAUGGUAACAGUCAGUAGAAUGUACUGUAAGCUUUGUGGCUGCGAGAUUAGAUAUCAAUACACGGGCAGCAUCAGUGCACAAUAAGACUGUGUGCAUAAAUGCUAUUUUGGCUCCACAUGUCUAAAGCUGGCUGCAGCCUGUCCUCCAGGAUAUCUGUGCUCCACUGGCUUUUGAUUAUGCAAAUGCUAUGCACUAUAAAUAAAUUAGUAUAAUUGCAUCUGAAAUAUGCUUUGAAUCUUCCUCGAAGAUGAAAGGGUGUAAAUAAUACAUCUCAUGUCACUGCAUUAUUCAUCCCCGAUUAAUUACAAACAUCGGGGCGCUCUUACCAUAUGCUGUAGUCUACUUUUUAAGCGGUCUGCAUGUUGUUUUUUUUUUGUAAAAAAUUUAGUGUGUGUACAUCCAUGAUCUUUAAAUAUCAAGACACCCAUUUAUGAAUUAAUGCUGACUGUCUCUUUCUGCUUUCCCUCCAUUUAGUUUCUCUUCAUAAUCACAAAUCAUUGUUUCCUACAUCUUAAGCAGCUUUUUUUACGUGUGAUGAGAAAUCAUCAUUUUAAAAAGCUUUGACGUAUGCAAAACAAUAUGUUAUAUCCGCUGUCUACGCACCCGUAUUCGUGUCCCUUUUCAUAUUAUGCAUAAGCACGCCUGUAUUAUGAAUCAUUGCAUAAAAGGGGGAGGGGCUUCAGGCUGCAUUAAGUAAGCAUAAAUACUGUAGAGGUACAGCCAAUACAAUUAAAAUAUACCCGUCUUUGCGCGCUUUGUAAAGCAUAUGGUACUGAGGCCUCGAUGCAAUUUGAAUACGGGAGACCAUUUGAAAAAUAUAUGCUGGUCGGCAAUUAAAUUAUAUGGGCUCUCGGACUGGAAAGCCCGUACCAGCGCGUAUAGAAUAGUGAGCAGUGGUUGCUACGCUCGCAUUAGCAUCUGGCCCUUUUAUGUAAAUUUGAUGAGAAAGGACUCAUGCAUAUACGCUUGGGCUGGGGUGUACUCGCCUAAUAUCCUUAUUAGAGAGGGGUGAAUUAAAUAUUUAUUAGGGGGGCGAAGGGUUAGGAAGGGGGGCCUGUCCUGUGUUGUCGUGAGGACCCGAGGUGGAAGAAGAAGGGGGAAAGGGAGGAGGAGGUUGGCUUUCUCUAUGAGUGUCUCUCUCUGCCUCAAGGUGCCACCAUCUUAAGGCGUUUGGCAGUAGUGAGAGUGUGAGGAGGGUAGACCUAAAAUGUCCGCUGGCAUAGACACACGCACGCAUACACAUUAACGCAUACAAAUUUCAGCGCGGUGUGUGGACAGGAACACGGGGCUCUGGAAGUCAAUUAUUCACUUACUGUCAUCGGGCUGCUAUGCAUGCUGAGCGUUUCAUUUCCAUGUAUUAAUUCCUCGAUUACUUUCACCUAUGAGAGAUCGGCCUGUGUUUGGCUUUCGGUUGAAGGCCGUUUAUUUGGUAUGAGUGCUAACAGUAACACCGAGGUUCACCAGAAACAAACCGGCGUUCAUUAGUAAUUUAAGAAUCUCAUUAAGCCGGCUCUUUUUAUUUUCAGCCCACGACACGACAUUUGUAGGCCGGCUUUUUUAGAGCAUGGUUAUGAUUGGACACAAAGCAUUCCCACUUAAAAAUGAACCAAAUACCCACAUUUUUAUCUUCAUACACAGUGCUGAACAGGUCACUAAAUCCUUAACUUGCUUUUAUUUUCCUUCAAAGCUCCUCGUUUUAAAGUUGCACAUAUCAUAAAUAUGAAAGUCUAAAUAUUUCACAUGCAACAAUGAUAUCAGUUUACAGCCUUUAGAGAAAAAAACAGUGUCUCUUAGUGGCUCAAAAACUUGCUUUUAUAUACGAUGAUACCUUUUUUUAAAUCUUACAGGAAAAACUACAAUACAAGUGCUACAGAGCAGGAAAAGGAAGUCGGCACCAGUGUUUCCAAUUUAUGUAAAUCAGGGCUAUACAGUUUCUCCCUCAUUUUCUGUCUCUUUCUAUCUUACACACACACACACACACACACACACACACACACACACUAACACACACACACACACACAAACGUACACCAUAGCUGACCUCCUCUAUCUGUUAAUUAUCAUAAAUGUGCUUAGUGAGCUGGCACACACGCUUGCACGUACACACACACACCCACAAGUACAGCACACAAACACACAUUGUUCAGUGAGAUACAGACACAGCAUUAGCAUUCCUUUCAUCCUGAAGUGCUCCUGAGGCAGAGCAUGAAGAAGAAUGUGCAGGAAAUUAUUCAAGAUGAAUUAUAACACACAUCAUCCCCAUUUUUUUUGGGCAGUGACACACACACACAUGCACACACAGAUAUCUGCGGUUCAGUUGGGGGAUAUAAUAUGUCGUCAUAUGUAUUGUUACAAUUAGAGUUUGGGGUUCAGUUGGUGGCUGUUCUGCACAUCUACUGUAUACGUCUCUCGCUGUGUGUGUGUGUGUGUCAUCAUCGGCUCGCAGUGUGUUGUUUAUGAGUAGAUUUUACGACCAUGUGAGCUGUUUGUCCUUCUAUAGUAAGCAUGUUACAUGCAUAUAUGUAUGUUAAGUAUCAGCUGUUUCCCUUCACUCCAUUCCCGUUUCCUCUGAUGAGUGGUACACCCCGGCGUGCUGCCAAAGAAGUGCGAAUAAUUAAGCGUGUGCGUGUUUGAGCCAAGUGUUGGCUAAUGGAUUGUUACCGGGAGGAAAUGAGACAGGCAGCAUGGGGGAGCUAGGUGGCAAAGCAGACCUCGACUUUGGAUAAUGAAACACUAGAAGCCACCGGGGUGAAGAGUAGACACACCUCUCGUGAAGGAAAUGCUUUUGUUCUACGACUUCUUCUUUUUGUCACAUAAGCAGGUGCAAUUGGCGAGGAGUCGCACAACACAGCUCUGCUUUAAUAAAAGAUAUAUGUCGUUUUUCCAAUUUUCCAAUUCUAACAGUGUGGUUCAAAUCUGAGCAAGUCACUGAGUUAUAUUUCUUUUUUUUUUCACUCUAAAAACGAUCCUGGUAUUGUCCCAUCACUCGUCUAACGCCUGUGUGUAAACGUAUACAUAUGCAAUUCGCAUUAAAUUUAUCAUCACCUGCAUACACACAGAGGUUGUUUCUUGGCACUGCUGUUGCCAACCCCUACCCCCCACCCACCCUCCCUACACACACACACACAUGCAGGCUGGAAGCAGAGUAGAGCCGGGGAAGAGGGGGGUGGAGGGAGAUAGAGAAGCAGGAGGGAGAUGGGAUGAGACAAGCCACACAAGCCGCAAAGGGAACGGGGCUGAGGGUGGAGGGGGAGAGCUGUAUAGUUACCCUAAAACCUGCCGUAGGGCUAAAAAUCACACACAUGUUCACACACACACACACACACAUACACACACUGGUUUACCACACAACCACGAAACACGCUCAGAAGAGUGUAAAACAGGACACAGGGGAGUAAGAGAAUAUGCCUGGUGUUAAGAUAUCCUAAUUGUUUUUAUUACUCCUCCUUUGUACUCCUUAAGUGUUCAUUGAUUUUUAGGGUUCAGUUUCUCUCCCUUUUUUCCAGGAUCUUUGAUUUCCAUGUAUUUUUUAACAUUCCUGUGGUGAAUUAAAAACAGAAAUAAAAAAAUAAAUAUCUUAAUAAGAAGGAUUUUGUGUGUCGUCUGUUAUUACGUCGUGCUGUGCAGCUUUCUGACAGUGCGUGUUUGUGGUUAGUGUGUGUGUGUGUGUGAGGCAGAGAGAAAGAGAGAGAGAGAUGGUGUAGGCUUUGACAUGGAGCUCUAAUAAAAUGUGGCAUCUGUCAGUUUGAUAUUGACAUGCCAGAAGAAGCUCACGAUCACUUGGGAACACAGGAGGAAAGAAAGAAACUACAGUGAGCACUUUAUAUAGCUGUAUAUUGUAAGUUGUCUUUUAAGGCAGUCAGGAGGCCUCCAUUUCUCACAUGCUAAUAAAACUAAACCCUUAAGACUUAAAAACAAUCUAUGCAAUCCCACACAAGAGUCAAGAAAUUCCUUAAAAUUCACAAGGUGCACUUUUGCAACUGAAACAACUUUGAAAAUCUGUUUAGGUUUGACAUUUGAAAGGCCGAGAGCUAUACAGCUAUAAGAAACAAAGAUAAACAAGAAACAAAACAAAGGAGAUCCAAAUUCUUUCACAAUCCAUCCGAGUUCAUCGGCAUGUCGCUGUGCAAGGGGAAAAAUUGGUCUCAAACCAACCAUAGUCUGCUGUAAUUUAUAACGGUUACCUCUGACCUCUAAUAGACUUGUCCUUUAGCCUUGACAUUCGACCUUUGACCUCUUCACUCCAGCGAGAGGAGGGCUCAGGUCAAGGGGUGGUCAAGUUCAACGACGUGGCAGCUGAAUCAGCAUUAGCAUGAACAAAAAUUAGCCUGAAAAACACACGACCUGGACGAAAAUUUAAAUAAAUAGGUUGUCAAUUCUUUAAGUGUCUGGAUGCCAAUAAAACUACAGAGGGAAAUAGUGUUUUAUAAAAAAUUUAAAGGAUGAAACGACACAUUGCCUAUGACCUUCAAAUGAUCUGUAAACCAGGCCUUCAUGUGCCAAAAAGGUCCCAAGUUUGACUCCUGUAUUUGUGGCAGAGAGUCGAGGUUGAGACGACAUUUGCACAAAGUUAUUGCCAAUUUGAAUCCCUGCCAGUAAACGCGGCUUUUGUAAAUGCUACCCCUGUUUCCUUCUCUUAGCGUGUGUUUUCUCUCCUUCCUUCUUUUUUAGAGGGAACAUGUUAAUUGUGAUUUGUUCAAUAUGAGAGAUUCAACACGUAAAGGUUACCUCCUGUAUUCACUCUCUUGGUGUGUCUUUGUGUCUCUUUUUGCUGCAGUGAUGGGAGAGGGAAGCUGUGCAGAACUGCAGGCAGCAGAAGGCAGAGGUCAACAUGAAAUCUCAGGGAUUUUGCUCACAUAUGGACCCACAUGAGGUAGGCUUUGGUUAAUAAAUGAAAUGCAUUUUUGUCUGUGUGAGUAUUGGGAAAAGCCUACAUUAAAUAAAUGUUAAGGUAUUUAGUUUUUGUGAGAUUUUUUGGAGUAUUUUUGUAGAAAUAUCAGUAGGUAAAGGUGUAUAAAUUGUAUUCUGUAUGUUAAAUAAUACUCACUCGGCUCUGACUUUCUGUCUUGACAUAUUUUUCGGAUAUUUUUUGGAAUAAGUUAAAUAUAAUGUACUCAUAGUUUGGUCAAAUCCAGCCAAAUUUCUUCGUUGGCAGAGGUUUUAGCCGAAUGUUUUCCUCCUCUGUGUCUCUGCUGAUGUGUGAGUCCGUGUCCAUGUGUGUCUGUUUGCCUGCAGCAAAGUUAGCCAGUGUGUGCGUUGGAUAAAGGCAUAGAUGUUAGUAGUGGUCCAGAGGACACAGUAAACAGAAUAACAGUGGUUUGAAGGCAGCUCAGGCGAUGUGAUCGUGGGCAAUAUCAAAUCCCAUGACCCAUCUUUUUGCCCUGUGGUCCAUACCAAAGACAAGAAACACAGGGGAAACAGAGGUUACUGUUCAGCAUCACAACAACACAAAACACACAAAAACUACAGUAGCUACAACAAGGAAGUGAUUUUGAAAAUUCUGCACUAGCCAUUGUAACCCACACAGCAAUCCUAAUUGGCCUCAGCCCUUACAUUGUUUGCGAUGCGUGCAGAACAUCUUGCUCUAUCAAUUAGACCUUCAGCCAUUAUUAGAUGUGACAUUUGAUGUUAUUGAAGAUGGACAAACAUUUUAAUGAGCUGCGCUUGUUCUCGCAGCAAGGAAAAUAUUCAUGUUAUCAGCUGGCUGCAGCAACUGAUCAUGAUCUGUGCUUUCUGUAGUUCAACUUUGACCCCAAUUUUCCUAUGAAGACAACUAAAGACCUGAAGUGUUGUAAAGAUUUGGAAUAUUAGGUGCCAAACUGUAAACAACUGGCUGAAAUAAUGGACAUCUAUCUCUAUCAUGCUCGAUAGAAUAUAGGGGUGGGAAUCACUAGUAGCCCCACAAUGUGAUAUUAUCACGAUACUUGAGCCACGAUACGAUAUUAUCACGAUACAAUAAUUUCAUGAUACUUGGACCACGAUACAAUAUUAUCACGAUACUUGGGCCUCGAUAUGAUAUUAUCACAAUACUUAGGCCACAAUACGAUAUUAUCACGAUACUUGGGCCACGAUACGAUAUUAUCACGAUACUUGGGCCACGAUACGAUAUUAUCACGAUACUUGGGCCACGAUACGAUGUUAUCACGAUACUUGGGUCACGAUACGAUAUUAUCGUAAUACUUGGGCCAUGAUACGAUAUUAUUGUGAUUUUUAACAUCUUGCAAUACAGUGAAUAUUGCAAAAUGUACAAUACAUUGCGAUUCAUACAAUUUUUACAACAGUUAAGCUAAUUUAGCCUUUGUCUUUUCUUUAUGUUGGUGUUAUUUACACUGUAUUUUAUUUUCAUGUAGCACAUUCUGCAAACCUUAUAUAUGUUGCACCAACUUUCUCCUGCUCUAUGAUGUCCCCUCUGCCAACCUCACUGGACAAACAGUUGAUUUUAUUUUUCCAUUAUCAUAGAUUUGACUUCAGCAAUUAAUCUGAAAAAUCGAUACUUGGUAAAUGAGACAAUACGAUAUAUCACCAGACAAAAUAUUGCAAUACUGUAUGCUGUAUUAAUUUUUUCUCCCACCCCUAGUAGAAUAUAUACAGUAGCUCUCUUAGUAUGUCAUAAUUUGGCCCUUUAUGGACACUUUUGGUCCAAAGGAACAAUAAAAAUGGAAAUAUCUGAGUGAUUUUUUCAUGAUCUGAGUUAAGUAGGAUUCAAGUCAAAAGUUUAUUUCAUAGACAUGCUAAGACAGAAAAAAUAAGUGGCUGAAGAGAAGAGGUGGUAUGUCAGCGCCCAUGGGCCUCAAUGUGAGGUGGUGUUACCCAUCGUAAUUACUCCCAAUACUCUCACAUGUGGUGUACUUCUCAGAAAGGCCAAUUAGAAGGCCAGGGUGAAUCACGGGUGGAGAAAAUCAGUGUUCAACUCUGUUUCAAUCUCGGCUAUACCAUAGAGACGGUGUCUUAUAGGAAAGUCUGCUUAACAUUCCCACAAAUUACCUUUUUGUGUAUAUAGUUAAAACUUUUGCCACCAUAGCGCUGUUACAAAUGGAACAUCCUGCCACUUGAACUUUUGUAUUAUGUCUGUAAAUGUAUUAUUACUGGAAAAAAAACUCAACUUUGCAUUAUUUUUAGAGUUGUCAGGAUCACUCCUUUAACCAAGCCACAGAAAUUCAAGGGUUAAAAUGAAGCCAACCAUUUGUUAGAGAGAAAGAUGUGGGGGUUGCAGAGGUUUAAAUGCCGUCUACUCCGGUGAAAGGUAAUAAAGAGCAAACUUUUGUAUUAAAAAGAAAUCUCAAUUUCACUGGGAACUCUAACAAGAUACAGAAAAAUACCAGAUCUGUGAGGAGUCUUUGAGAGCUUUUUUCUACAUGUACUGAACUUUCAUCUCAAACAGACCUCACUCCCUCUGCUAAAAGCCCAGCCCUUAUAGUGCACUGGGGUCAUGACACCCCUAUAUGUGACUUUGCAUUAUUUAGUUCGAAAGGUAAAGCCUUUUUUUUUUCCUCUCUUUUUUUUUAAAGUUACAUCUAAAGCUCCACCAGUCAUUGCCUGUGUGAGGAAUAUGUCAGAGUCACAUUUUUUGAAGUUAAGAUAGGAGAACAGGAUAGCUUUUCAUCUUUACAGACAUAAUUUGACAACAUCAGGUAAUGUCACCUCUGCCUCCCUAAAUUCUCUCUUUUCAAAAAUGUAAAAUUUCUAAAUCAUUAUUAUUUCAAAAACUCUGAAUUUUUGCCUUAUUAGCAUUUGUUAAAUACCCCUCACACCUCUGUAAAAUACAGCAUUUUUCCCAUGCAGUAUAGCUCCUUUAGUUUGCACUGCUUCAUUUCCUAUGCUGUACUCAUCAUAAUCUAUCAGGCUUGCAUAUUUGGAGUACAGCUGCUCACUAUUAGGGCGCUGGCGGGAGUGAAUAUUUAUAAUGUGUAUAAUAACGCGAGUAUAAACCCUCUAGUGUUGUAGGCCGGCUUCUGUAGCAUCCGUGCUAGCCCACAGCGAUUAAUGAAGUCGUCUGCAUGAGCCUGCAUGAUUAAGGACUGCUCAAGUGUCAGUGGUGUGUGUGUGUGUACGAUGCUUGUCUGCACAGAUGAAACAACAACAGAGAACAAAAGAUGCCGACAUACAAGAAGGCUUUGCGUUGGGGUUCAUUCAGAAACAUCAAAUUAGAUAAUUUUGCAAAGCAGAGAGGGUAAAGCUAAUGUAAAGGUUUAGCUCUUUAUGAUCACAAAAUAUCCUACACCAUGAAGGCAACUAGGAGAGGGAAAAACACAUUAUUGAUGAAAAUACAGGAACAUAUGUGAGGGUCUUGUUUCUUUUACAAUGAUUUAGUUUCCAUCUAUAAUUCUCCUUUUUCCUAUUUGUCAAGUAAUUCCAUAUUUCAUGCUUGGAUGACAUCCUCCCUCCUGCUAUAUAUUGCAGAUGCUCAUGCCUCUUAGCGAUAGCACAAUAUGUCCUUUCCAUGGUUGCUCAAAAAUUCCACAAAUCUGCUACAUAUUCGUCUUUUCACCACUCGUCCUGAUGUAUUACAUUAUCAUCCACGUGCCACAGCAUCAGUCUGGUGUUUGUCAAAGUCUCGUCUUAUCACUUUAUAAUUAUACUGAAUAUAAAAAAAGUGCAGGUUUUUUAAAAUGUAAUAUCCAAGUAGCUUUUAGCGGGCUGUGUAAUAGCGCUGCAUAGGGAGGGUUUCUUCUGCAUCAUCAUACAGUCAGAACAAAGGAUAUGCACAUCGUAAAAAUCAUGCAAAUGAAUGCAAAUCGCUGGCAGCAAGGAACAGCGAGGUGGCAGGAGGGCUGUUUGUAUAAGCAGAGGGAUGCCAAGGACUUUGUAUACAACACUUGCUGGACAAUCUUCCUUUUAGUUGAGGCAGACAACUAAAAAAUACAUUGGUUUUGAAACAGAUUCUAAAUCUCUUUUCCACAGUGUUUGGCCUUAAAGUAAAGUGUGUUUAGAGUUUACAGCUCUGAUACAUCCUGGAUCCUGUUCACCAACCAUAUUUCCAACAAUAUGUAGAUUUGUCGCUCCUUUUUUUUUUUUUCUUUUUGCCGGGGCUUUAUUCCUCACGAAAAGCGGCAUUAUUUAAAAGGCUGUUAGAAAGCACAGUACAUGCAAAUGUGAUUCAUUGGCUGCAGCGUUGCAGUGGGUGUUGGUGUUGGGAUGAUGCAAUAUUUUGACCGCGCCGCCUCAGAGAAAUGCAGAGCAGAUAUUACUAACACCAACGCUAAUGAACGUCGCCUCUCUUCCUCACCUUCUCGCCCUCCCAGUUCAGAAUUCAACUUCAUCAAAUAUGUGACAUUUUCAUGAGCGCGUUCGGUGAGUGUUCACAUUAGGUAAUGACGAGCCAGAUCAGUCUGGGAGAAAAAGAAACACAGCACUAUUUUUCUUAUUUUGCUCGAAAUUGAAUUUGAUUUUAUCCAAUAACAUUUCAAAGACUGACACCUAAUUGCAGCAUCAGGGUUAUACUAACAGUGUAAAGUGCAAAAACACAAAAAUAAGUUAGUGUACUUCAUCCUAAAUUACUUAUCAAUUCCUUUCACUCAAAACAAAUCACAGCUUUCCAAAGAGUUUAGAAAUGUGAGCUUUAAAAUAUCCAAGUGUGUGUUUAAUCACAGGUAUAGUCACACACUUAUUCUAUUCAACGUCAAUUUGUAAAUUAACCAAAAGGUUAUGUUAAAUCCUCAUGAGUUAUUUUAAAUGAAAUGAGUACGUGCAGAAUCACUCCCUAUAAAUAAUGUCGAUACUAGAAUAGAGGUAUUCGAACGACACCACAUCCAAAGCUUCUGAGAGCCUUUUAUAUAAUAAGCAAUUUGUUUCAACUUGCAUACGAAUAAUCAUAUUCAAAUAAUGCCCCCCUCGAACAGACAACACACACACACACUCACACUCACACACACACACACAGUGCGACCAACCCGCAGACACAAUAUGGCAGGGGAAGAAAAGGGGGAGGGCACAGACAGACAUUCACAAUUGUGCAUAAUGAUGUUAACAUUCCUGCAUGUCUAAUGCCGGGGAUAUUGAGACAGACACUAGCUGGUCGGCGGUCUUGCUGUGUGUUGUGUGUUCCCGGGUAUAAACUGUAGCAGCGCAUAAUGAUGUAUUAAUUGUGGCCUGCUCUUGCUCGUGGUGUUUGGGCUCCAUGCCGAGGUUACCGUGGGCCUUUGAUGCCGUCGUUAAUCUUAUCAAGCAUAUGCAAGAUCACGCCGCACGUUAUUUUCUACACCGCUUGCAUGAAAUUGGAGGCACACGGUUAUCUGAGUAAAUGAAAAGACGGUUAUUUUUUGCUUUGUGCUAAAUUGCGACCAAUGGACGUGUUUAUUGUUUAGUUUGGAGUGAUUAACCUAGAUUUACAAAGCAGCUGAAAUAAGACAUUUCAGCAGAGGGAUAUAAGUGUGUAUCAGUGGUCAGGAUUUUUGAAUAUAGAUGCAAAAAUGGAAAAACGCCAUGGCAACAACGAUUCAAAACAUCCUUUUCAUUAUUUUUGUAUUCACAAGAAGCAGCUAGAAGCCUGUGCCUUAAUUUCAAACGCACGCACCAUCAAGUGAUCCUCCAAUGCUUUUUUACAUUUUUUUUCAACUUCCUCAAAAAUAGAGACACACAAAACUGGAAGGGGAGGGGAAGUGGAUAUGAAAAUGGAGCGCCGGCAUCAUAAAAGAUGGAAACAAAGAGGGACAGACAGCAUACACUGAAAAGGACAGGCAAAAGAUGAAGCUCAUUUUUCCGUGGGCACCCAGUGGCGUCUGCAUUGCAGAUCGCUGAAAUCCCCCUCGAAUGCGUCCCUGGGCUUAAGGGGGAUGGGGUGGGGAAGGGUGAACAAGGGAUGGGUUUAUGCUAUCUCUGCUUUAGUACACUUUGUUUUUUUUUACCCUCCCCCCACCGAAAUAUAUUUUUCUGUCUGCAUCAAAUGUCAAGUUAAUUUCCUGGGUGCUAUGAGGGAUGUGUCCUCCCCUUCCGUAUGUGUGGCAGGGCGGUGGAUUGUGGCAGGGUGGUGUGUGUGUGCCGGUGUGUUUUUUCUGUGAGUGUGUGUAUCUCUGUAUGGGUGAAUGGGGGGGAAAAGGAAAGGGGCAUGGCAAGGCAAAGGGAGAGGCGAGAGGUGGUGCAGGGGGGUUCAGUACAGUAUCUAUAAAUUGGCUCUCUCUGAAGUGAGCGAGAGAGGUGUGUUGAAAGUGUGCACGCAUAUGUAUGUGAGUGUGUGUGCGGUUGUGUAAGAAUAUGAUCCAAUUAUUAAUGGAUGCUUUUGUCAGUGUACCUAUGCCCAUGUCCCUGUACCUAUUUGUGCAUUCAUAUGUUCAGUUCUUUUGAAGGUUCACCUGAACUGAAAACAAAAAAAAGCAGAGGUUUUUGUUAUGACAAAGGAUGCCUAUGUUUCUUGAUGCUUCUAAACACAAGGAUAUGAAUGGAGAAAGAAAUUUGCUGCGGCUUUCAUUAGCUGUGCAAUUCGAAGCUUUGGAUAAGUUUGCGACAAUACUGAAAGCUCCAUACCAACCACUAACUAAGAGCAUAUUAUGUUAAACAUCCAUGCAUAUCAGUCCUUUUUAACCUUGUUGCUUGGCAAUAGCAGUCUCUGUGUCCUUCUGUCUCCUAAGGGUGGCCAUUUUUGAAAAAUCUAUUUAUCCACUCUUGUUUCAUUGUGUGAUUAUAUGCCUCUGAUAUCCUUUUUUAGACAAUACCUUACUUUUAUCCCUCAUUCCCCUUCAGUUACAAAUCUGUUUCUGUGUUGCUGUGCAACUUGUACACAGCUUUUAAAAAGCCAGAGCAUGAUCUUGGCUUUAUAUUUGUGUAUGAAAACACAUAUUUUUACUCUGCUUUCUCUACUGUCUUUAUGUAUCCAACUGAGCAUGUUCCUGCAUGCAUGACUGUGUGUGUAUGAUUAUCUGGGUGAUUUUCUGCGCUUUUGCAUGCAGCUGUUAAGCGUAUGAAGCUAAACUAUAUUUUGUAUUACGGAGUGUGAAAUGCCUUAUUGCAGAGAAAGGGAUUACACAUUUGUCAGUCGUGCUUACACUGAUGUAUGUUCCCGCUCCACAAAUGUCACAUCCCAUAACCCAGAAAAAUUACUCCAGUCCCACCUAAUUACGCAUAUUCAUGAUGCUGCUUUGCAUAGUGCUGUUAGCAUGCUUCUGUUACAAGCCGCAGAGCUGAGGGAUGUGGUUGAGUGAAAAGGCUUUCAAUCCACUGAUUCAGUGAGUCUCUGCCACAAGCGCCAGCUUCAUAAUGCUACCCCCAUGCUGAUUUUUUUAUGAUCUCAAACCAUUACAGAGGGGGAGUUUUCUCUUAUUUCUUACAGUCAGUCAAAUUUGCACCGCCUGCAGCACGUUCAAACCUAUUGGGAAUUUUUUAAUAAAGAAAUAAGCCUUGUCCCAGAUUAUGAAGGUCAUUUUGGAAUUAGAUUAGAUUCAACAAAAGGCUUUUUGGAAUACUUUGUCACUUGCACGUCGUUUCUGCUUACUUUCCAAACAGUAAAUGUUAUCCUAUUGGUUGCUGAUUUGGAAUCAAUUCUAGAUCAGAGGGCGACGGUGUAGCAGUAGAAGGUGGCACAGGCAGAGAAAGAGUGAAAAUAUCUCAAUAAAGUUGUGACCGUGAGAAGUAGAAAGACGGAAGUGUUGAAGAAGAUGGAGGGAGAGCAGAACGACAGAGGAGAGAGGAUGGGUGUUCGUGGCUGGCUCAGAGGCUCAUUGUCGCACUUGCGAAACAGACUUAAUCAGACUUGGCCCAGCUGUAAUGAAGGAGAGGUCCGGGCUGUGCCACUGCUUGGGUAAACAGCGAUUGUUUCAGUCCAGGGUUCCCAAACAUGGCCAACAAUGGUACUAUUGUCCCGCCAGCUCUUAUUAAGAGGCGAUCCAGAGAUGGGGUGAGGAGCAGAAGCGAGGAAAAAGGAGGUGGGUGAUAAGGGGGCAAAGAGAGGAAGCGAAGGGGGGCAAAAAAAGGAGAGAGUAGGAGCGAAUGGGAACCUGACAGGAACAGAGGAUGGAGUAGGAGGGGGUUUGGGGAAGACAAGAGAUGGAGGGAGAUGGGGGAUCCACUGAACUUUAUCUUUUUUUCCACAGUUGCAUUUUGGCAUCUUUUCAAACUUUCCUCCUUUUGUCUCCAUGUUCCUCUCUUCUACCUUUUAGUCCUUGUCUUUUCCUCCCAUCCUUCCUUCCUUCCUUCCUGCAGCAUCCUACCAGCCACCUACUCAAUUCCUUCCAUCUGUCCUUUGUUCCCCUUCUGCAUUCAGGAUGGUGAGGGAUGCUUUGGCUGUCAUACCACCUUUGCAUCACCUUUCCCAUCCAGUACCAGGGAGAGAAAAAGGAAGAAGAGUAGGGGGUGGAGGGGGGAGAAGAGGAGUGAGGAAGAAAAAGAGUAUUUGCAGGAAGGAAGGGGGGGCAAGAGGGAAAGGGGCAGAAGCAAGACAAAAAGGAAAAAGAUCACGCUGCUUCCUGGCUUAAUGAACGUGGGCAAAGGAUGAUCACAAUAGAAUACAUUAUGCUCUUGUUAGUAGAGGCAAUCAAUUAGCAAGGAGAGCACCACUGGCACACCAUCUUUCCCCGCUUGGGCACCGGCUCAUUCACAGCCCAAACGAGCGGCCCGUGGAAACCCCUCGCCUCGAGGUUUUUCCCACCCUCAAUACCCGGCGGCCACAAAAGCUUUGAAUGUGAAAGGAGGACAGCGUUGAAUUUGCAUUUCCGGCACAUUCAGUCCACAUUAGCUGAAAUAUUAGAAGGGUCCCACCACAAUCAAAGAUCCCAGCUCAGUGCAAGAGUGUGUGCGUAGCCCUAUUUAUUCUCGAUUAGUUAUAUCAAUAAAGCCUUGACGCUGAUUGGACGCACAAUGUGAAACUGUCCUCCUGCCACCUAAAGCUCGGUUCUCCACAAUGAGACUCAGACAUGACGACGUCUCCCUGACUGACACUGACAAUUGCCUACCAAAUUGUCACUCAGGUCCCAUCAGCAAUUCAUACAGCAGUUGGCUAAAAUUCCUUCAUCCUUUCCCCUCCAUGUUUUCUCCUCCUUUUUUUUUUUUUUUUUUUCGGUGUCAGAUAGAGGAAUGGCUCUAGAUAAUGGCAGCAAUCUAUAUUGUGAAAGAGGCAAGGAGUAGUUCUGCUUUAACACAGGCACAAAUCACCACUGUCUGGCUGAGGAUUCUAUAAAAGUGUAGGCGAUGAGUAGAAGAACACAGUGCUUUCAAUGAGGAACUCCGCUGUGAUUCGUGGUCCGGGGGUAUAGAGAUAGGAGAAACAAAGGGAAAUGAAGGAAAAUUGUAUUAAAGAGAAGGGAUGCAGGAUUUGUUUUCUGUGAAGACUGUUCUGACAAGUGGGUGGUCACAGUUUCAGUUCAAGAAAGGGUAGCUGAACAAUCGACAAAUAGAAAUUAAUAUGGUUGUGUGUCUCUGUUUAUUCGUUUUUAAGUCACAUUAUGCAAUGAAACGAAGCGCAAUCGACCCUCAUUAUGGUCAGAAGCGUGAUUACUCAUUAUUUAAAUUAGUUAUUCAUAUUUUUAUCAGUGUAGGUCCAACUGGUCAUAUUCUGUGGAGGAGCAACCGCCACCAGUCAGAGUUGUAGCUUGGGGUGAUGGCAACUAGGGACGCACCGAUCCCAUAUUUGGAUCGGAUAACGGCUCCGAUAUUGACGCUGAUCCAGCAUUCUGAUCCAGUCUUAUUCUUCUUUUAAUUAAUAUCAUACACAGCAAAACAGCGAUUCUGUUCGCUCUAUAUUCUAUGUUUGUCUAUCCUUUUGCACUAAAUGUUUACAUGGAAGUCUUACUUCUUUUUGCUGUGUGCUAAUAUGCAAUCUGUUAUUUGUUAAUAAAUAAUAUUAAGUAAAUUCAUAUCUGCGUUUAUUUGUUACCUUUUUUUAACAAGGCUAAUGUCAAGCCUGAUGCCUUUACUCACAGGGCAAGGUAUACAGUUCAUUCAUUCAACAGUAGUAUUGGAUCAGUAUCGGAUAUCAAUCGAUAUGCUCAGCCAAAGUAUCGGUAUCGGAUUAGAUCGGGAAAAAAAAUGGAUCAGUGCAUCUCUAAUGGCUACAGCUGUAGUGCUAUAAUAUUCUACUUAUCAGAUGUCAACCAGCACACAAAGACUGAUGGCAUCUUAUACUGCAGCAUGGUGUAAUCUAAAAAAUGGAAUUAAGUUGUAUGUAGUCUAUGCCAGGUUAAUUUGGCAUUUAAUAAUUUAAGCAGAGCAAUUCAUAACCAGCAAAGGACUAACCUGCGAGGAGGAGGAGUGAAGGCUAACGCUCCUAACAUAUUUAACGUAUGCCACACUUGGCAAAGCAAUAUGACUUUGCUCUCCAGCAGGUUCUGUGAUUUCAUGAGCCAUAAAGCUUAAAGUGUUUUUAUUGUCUAUUAGCUGGGACCCAACUUUUUUGUUUGAACUAAUUCAAAAUUUGCUGCAUCAGAGCAGCCUGAGUCAUGACUAUUCAAAUCGUCUACUUGCUAAGCAGAUGACAUACCGCAUGUAAAGCAUGAGGUGGCAUAGCUCGUCUUUGAACUGAUAAUGAAUUGACUCGCUGAAGAGAAUAAAUGCAGAUUUGCUGUUUCUUGUGCAGCUACGAUAAAUCCUGACCAUAACUUGUGUAACCCUCACAUGAAACACUGCUCACUGCUCUAUAUUGUCCAUGAGGAACUUCUCUUUCAGUUGUUAACAUCAUAGGACUGACUCCAUCAUUUAUAUGAUCAAGGUUGUGAUAACCUGGAAAGCAAAGAAAGUGCUUUGGACACCAGUCUGUAUUCUAACACAAGAGUAUAUGAAAUGUGAAUCUUGUGGGCAUGGGAACCAACAGUGAUAUUUUCAGUCAGUGAAGGAAAAUCAAAAUCUAAUAAGAACAGUUUGUCUCUAAUUUGUCUUUAUAUUUCCCCGAAUCAUAACGACACUAAGAUAAAGCUUUGUGUAGGAUGUGUGCAACAUCCUAAUUAUUUAAUGACCCCAUGUCUACAGAAUUGAAAUAGAUAAUUCACGUUUUGCGAUGUCUGACUUUGCCCCCCUAUUCUCUGUAUCUAAACUCAAAUAAAUACCAUGUUGCCGAAACCUGUAACCUUGUGACUCUGAACUGGUGCGUAUAUGUGUCUUUGUAUUAAUGCAUGAAUGUUAGAAUUUCCAAUUUCCAAGUUAAAUCACCCUGCGUUUGUCACCCAUAAAUAAAAGCACACAUUGAUUAGAGCCAACAUAAAAUACAAGGUCUCUGCUUACAGUCUGCUCUGUCUAUGACAGCUUCUCCACUAAUGUCCAACGGGUGAAUGGAAAAUGCAUCACAAUGUACAUACAUUCUCUUGUUACUUCAGGAGCUGUAAAGUCAAUUUUAUAUCUUUUAACACUGAGUGCGUGUGCUGAAGUGUUUUGUUGGCGUUCAAGGUGCUUCACAAUGGUGCUCGGUUGAGUUUUGACCUUUAAACGAGAGAGGGGAAAAAAACAUAGUAUUUUCCUCAGAAUCUCAGUGUAUAUUGUAUGCAUGCUUGUUUGUUUGUAUCCACUGGAAUAUUAAAGUGCGAGUGCAAAAUGCUAUAAUGAAUUCAGUGUUUUUUAGGCUGCAGAGGGCAUAGUGUUCUCUCUCCACUUUGAAAGUUGAAAUGUGCAACAUCUAAUGGAUGGGGAGCAGGGAUGGUAACACAGGGCAUGAGAAGGAGGGGUGCAUGUAGGAAUGCAUCUUUUGGAGAAGUGUAUCUGACUGAGCUUUUUGGAAAUAUAGCUUCUAUGUUUCUGUUGCAAAGAGCUUCAGUUCAAUAAGUAAAGUCAGAUCUAUUUCUAUUCCAAUAGUGUCUGAAUAAAGUAACUGUAGCUGUCGCAGCUGUUUCAUCGAAAGAUGUUUCCCAAACUAUAUUUUGUCCUUCUCUGAAUUUCUUUAUAACCUACCAAAAACAAGAAAGAUUAAAGCAGAGUUUGUGUUCUUGAAUCCUGAACGUUUUUUUGGUUGAUGUUACAAAAAAACAAACCUGCACUGCUACCUCGCUUUCCCUCCAGUUUAUGUGCCUCCAUUUGUUAUCAGCUUCAAUGUCUUUUUCUUUUCAUCUGUUUCUUCUUGAUCUUCUCCUGUACCCUCUCUGCUGGGUCUCCAUGUCCAGGUAGUCAUGCUGCUGACAUUUGUGUCCGAGCAGGGCCCGGUGACAUGGCCUUUACCACCCCUCGCUGGGUGCCCCCCCUUCGCCGUCCCCAACCCCUACCACCGUUUUUAACCCUACCAAGUCCUCUUCAUCAGUGCGCGCUCAACAUGUGUCUAUUUGUGUGUGUAUUAGUGUGGUUUGAGACCACCCUUUGUGUACAGUGUGUGUGUGUUUAAGCCAUGUCAAGAACAGCCACGUUUGUGCUUGCCUGUAGCCUGUGAGCGCAGUAGGGGACAUGGUAUGGAGCAAACCUCUUUCUCUGCUGGAUGCAGGGUGAGCAAAUACAGUUACAGAGGGCUGGAAGGAAUUGGGGGGCACAUGUGAAAGUGGAAAUCACAAUUUUCUUAAAUAAAUCAGAACAGAAAUAAAUCUCUGAAGUGAUUGAGAUUAUUUGGAAUUUUUUGACUCGGUCUGUCUGUGCUGCGAAUUUUUGGAAAGGCUAUUAUGUGCGCAGACAAAAGUGCAAGCCUCAUUGUUCUUCUCCUCAAAACACACACGCACAAACGUACAGACGUGCUCACCGUCCCUGCAGCCAUGGGAAUGGAGAAUGCUGAGGUUCAAGGUCAUUUCAAGUAUUCGGCAGCCUGGGGCUCUCCAUUGUCAGUGCACUGCAUCUUUUUUUUUUUUUUUUGCUCACACAUGCACUCAGAUUGCACACACAAACACAUUGUUGGUAGCCAUAGAUUCUCCGCACAGCAUCUCACUAACACAUCCUAGACAGGUAAGUGUUUGUCAGGUGAGAACAUGACACUCUGAGGGUUAGGGUUGAAUCACAUACACAUAGAGGUGAAGGUGUGAAUCGUCUAUGGAGACACAAUUAUCUGUUUUUGUUUCUGUAGCGUGGAUUGUCCAGAAACAGAAGAAUAGAAGGUAUAACUGGUGGAGAAAUCACUGUUUUCUGCAGUUGUUUUGUUUUUACUUCACACUACACAGUCUGCAGAUGGUUCAUAUUUGUCAAAUUUCUGGUUAACAGCUGUUUGGCACGGACUGAUUUCUUAUAUCUGUGUCUAUUCAGAAAGGUGCGAGAAAUAGAGAACUCUUUUUUUUUCCUUUUUUUUUCAGACAAAGCUAAGAUGAGGGGGAGAGAGAGCAGUGGUGGGUGUGAUUAGCUCCUUUGUUGGAGGUCUGUUGAGCUUCAUUGGCUGCAGAGAAUAGCUUCCUAAUGAACCCAGCCAAGCUUGGACCAAACUUUGUGCUGAAGACAAACUAAGUUAUGGUGGUCCGGCAGAGCGCUGAGGGCGAGCCCACUGAUAUACAACGCCUGGACAUAUGGUCCCCCCCAUCAGGGCCUCUCCCAGCCACUUUCUCAUGUCCUGGCUUCUGUGUCUGUGUGUGUGAGUGUGCGCUUUUGUCUGUAUGUGUCCGAGUCACACACACAGGAGGAAUAUUUAUAGUACGAUUAUUUUCUUUUUCUUUUUGCUUGAUUGGGAUAUGGAAACAGGGAAGUGGGAAAGAAAUUCGAGGAGAAAGAAGGAUGGGGAGUCAUGAGGGGGAGAGAGAAAGAGAAGCUGGUUGAUGCUUACUGAAAGCGACAGAGGAGAGAGGGCUGCAGGCUUUGUCUUUCCAGCUGACCCCAAUACAGAAUCCUUUCUGACACGUCCUACAAGACAUAGAGUAACUGAGUAAAUCAGGCCAACCUGGCUGUAACUGAGGCAAUAUGGAGGUAACUGGAAAACACAAGGACAAGACUAGUAACACUUUUAAUCUCAUGUUAAUACGGGUAUAGGAUGUGCAGGUGAGCUUUUAGGGCUACUUGUUUCGGUCAGGGUUGGAGCGUGGGGACAGUUGGCUUCCGUGUCCCACCAGCAAGCCUCUUGGUAACUGAGCCGGCGAGGGGGAGAAUGGGCCCACUACAGGGCCACACAGCGGGCUCAAACAACACUUAUUCUACUGGCCAAACUGUCAGCCAGAACAACUUCAUUGUGCCCAAAAUUGGAGUUGAAAGCAAGGCAGAGACUUGGAAAGAGGAGGAGGGGGGGCAGUGGGAAGGUAGGGAGAAAGAAGGAGGAUGCAAAGAGAGAAAGAGAGAGAGUGUGUGAGAGAGAGGGGUCUGUGGGAAAGCAGGACUGGAAAAGGGGGAGUCCCAGAGAAAGUGCAGUCCAGGGGAUGAAUAGGGUCAGACAGUGCGAGUUCAUUUCGGUGAGGAGAAUUCCCAUAGAUACUGAACGAGGGGCAGACUGCCAGGAGCAAGGCAGUGGCUUGAAUAAAAUGUAUUAAAAUGCAUUCUGGGAAGAGGGAGUAAACCUUUAGCAUGGUAUUGUUUGUCUCCACAUUUCUUCACAGUAUUUAAAUAUUUUUAAAGCAAAACAUCUUACGAGAAUUUAACUCUUUUGUACAGUCCCUCCCCAGUAUGUUGCUACUAAAUCACAUAAUUGGAAAUAUCCUAUACCUCUAUAAUUAGACAAAAAGUGCCACACACAGGCUACACCCACAGGCAAAAGAUACUUCCUUGCAGGAUUCCCCUGCCUUAGACCCACGAGGGAUCCCAGCCCCGGGCUUUGAACUGUGAUUUGUGUAUAGUACAACAGAAAGCCCCCUUUAGACUGACACUAAACCAGUUUAAAUCAGUCCAACACUGAUUUACGUCACCAUUCUCCUCUUUGUCUCCCUCUCUUCUCCUGCUGGCUAUUUCAAAUUCAUCCUCCUGCCCUCAGUAACUACUGCAAAAGGGUGAAGAAGUUUACUUAGUCACACUGAGUUUACGAAGACGAGGAAAGUCUGCGAUUCUCUGUGUGUGUGGGCGAAGGUGUGUGUGUGUUCGCUCUCGCGUGUCAGCGCGGUUUGCUCGCGUAUGUGAGUGUGUGUGCGUGCGCAAAAUUCAGAAAUGUACACACACCCCCUGUUUGAUCCAGAGCUAGCCCCGCAGCUCCCAGAGACUCAACAAAAGGCCUUCUCUAUCCAUUGUAUGAGCUGUGUGUUUCCCAGGAGAGCUUGGGCUCAGCGAGAGAAGGGCCCCAGAUUGCUUUCUCCUGACAUGGAUGUUUAUUCGCUCUAUGGUCCAGCAGAACACCCUCAAAAAGGACUGGCCUUAGCAUUUUGACGCGUAUGACACAUGGUUUCAGAAAAGAGACGAGGGGCUGGAGGGUGUGAGGAAGAAAAAGACAGACUGAGUGUCUUGACAGAUGAGCAGACAUGCAAGACAGACAGAUAGAUAGAGAAAAGAGCCUGUCUGAAGGUGCACUCAUAUGAAAAAGAAUAUUCAUGCUGUUCCCCACCAUUUUAUUUGCCUCUUGUCUUUACACUAGUCAGCUUUCUUGUCAACCUUGUUCAUGAAUGUAGAUCCACGCAGUGGGUGGGGAGAGAUUUCCCCCCCUGAUCUUGACAAGCUCUCCCAUCCCUGACUGCAUACUAAUUUUGCUAGAACUACUGAACCAAUGCAAAACAAAUACAAAUUGCCCAGGCUGCUUUUCAAUGCUUGAAAAACAGGAGGUUAGCAGAUAGUAGCUGUCUAUUCUGGGUCUGCGAUUAAUCAGAUUGUCUGCUGUGGACAGAGAAGCUUAAAAGGGUUGGCCGUUGUUGCCGGCUAUCGGACAUCUUCAGGGAUCCUACAGUAUGUCUGAGUUUAAAAUCCUGAGCCGAUGAAGAGAGCGUGAAAAAGUGACCAGUCCAUCAAAAGUUCAUCAAGUGCUCAGUGCCAAAAGUCAGACAAAACAAGUAUCCACAUCCCCACUGACCGCUGAUACUCCUUAAUUUACUGUAUCCAGUUCAAGCAGUAUCCAUGCCAAGAGGGAAGUCCUGUAACAGUCCUGACAAGCUCCCAAAAAUAAACUAUUUCCAGUAAACUCAAUGUGUGGAAUAAAAAUAUUUCUGCAACUUAUUUCCAAGUAAACUGAACGGAAAUUUAGAUUCAGAAAAAUCAAUUAAUCCAAGGGAAUAUAACAGCCCGUCAAAACUUUUGCAACUUUCUUCAAUAACAAAAUUGACAGCUAUUUAAGAGAAAUGGUUUUAUGCUUUUUUUGCAAAUACAUACUGAGUUUAAAUUGGGACGCUGAAACUGAACGUGUGCAAGGUUUCAAGUUGUGAAAGACUACAGGCUGCUCUGCACAGGUUGUUCAAAAAGUCACAUGAGAAUUGGGCGAGAGCAACACGUGAUUUACUCACUUGUGACAUCAUCAGCUGGGGAACCUCCUCAUGAGGGCGUACCAAUUGUAACAUUUACUAAACAGUCGAAUGCUGCGUUCGAGUUACUUGGAAGUCAGAAGUCACACCCGAGUUCCCAGCGUUUCAGUUACCAAGUCGGAAACAAGAUGGCUACAUCUUUGAAAGUUAUUUUAGCUAUGGCCUUGUCCGAAUAUAAGGCAAGCGCUAAAAUAACUUUUGCAGGUGUAGCCAUGUUAGUUCAGGCCUCUGAUUUUGCUUUUCUCCAACAUUGUAACUGAAACGCUAGGAAUUAGGGUGUGACGUCAUUUUCAGCUCCGACAUCUGACUUCUGAGGUAACUCGAACGCAAGUACAGAUCCGCACUAUAUGGUCAUAUUUCAUGUUUGGUCAUCAAAUCUUAUUGAGAAAUACAACUUUGAUGCAUGGCAACAGUGGAGAAGGAUCCUGGAAUGCAGAGUUCCAGAGUUCUGAUGUGGUUUUAGAGACUCAAGCCUGGGACUGGUUGGAACUUUUUUGAGCUGUAAAUGACGUAAAACUGCCAGGAAGCUAUCAAGACGAUAUAAAGCCUAAAAAAGAAGCACAGCGCCCCCUCUCUAGCUGCUGCUGUAACAUAUGAUACUUAGUGAUUUGUGGUCUAUGUGUUAUGAACAAUGAAUAUGACAAAUUCUCUCACAAACAUGACAGCAAAUGACUACAUAGAAGUCAACACACGCAUUUAAAAUACUAAAAUAUACGUUGACAAUCAGCGCAGGCACAGAUGUUGUAGGCACACAGAUAGCAAUGUGCGUCAGUUUAAGAAUUUACUCUGUUAACUAGUAACUUUAAAGCAGUGUAUCUGUGGUUAUUAUUAUUACUACAACCGACAAAGUCCUGGCUUAUUAUAGACAAACUGUAUCUGAUGAGUAUGUCAGAGAGUGUAAUCUGAGUAAAAGGUAGUAGAAGUCACCGAUACAGUUUUCCCACCAAUACUGUUUUAUUUGUUUACUACAGCAGUAUCAAAAUCAAGGAGUACAUAAGUCUAAGUAUGAAUAUUGGUGUUACCGGAGGAAAAAAUGGAAGUGUAAUAUCUCAAUUGAACAAUCACUGAUCCUGACAGCAGCAAGUUUUCUGUCGGAUUCUGCAUUUCACUUAAUAGACAAUGACUUGUCCUAGUCUCUCUCUCCCUGCUGUCCUUAUCAAGGGUGUUUGACUGCUAUCCAUCAAAGUGCUCCGCUUUCUGCGGCCAUAUCUUAAAGUUUCCUUUAGAUUGAGAGUGCCAGCGGCGUUGGCCAUGGAUCUCAGUAGAGCUCCAGAAGCUGACAGCUGAAAACAAACAUGGUACGGUGAUACUAUCUAAUCUGUUCAACACCAUUAUCGUCUAAGAUAUCGCUACACUCCCCUCCACAUCCGUACGCAUCCACCCUCCAAAACCAGACUUACUCCUCUCUCCCUCUCCACCCUUUGAGGGAGAAGCUUGUGUGCUGAGGCUGAGAGUGAAUGUAAGCCAUUGUUAUGGUGUAACCAGACUCCACAGCAGGUUGUUUGAUCCUGUUUUGGGCCUGAAAAGGCUUUUUUUUUUUUUACUUGAACAACCACAUCAGCUGAGAGGGUCAGACAACAGACUCUAUAUGUAGAGUCCUCUGUCUGUCUGUCUGUAUGUCUGACUGCUUCUUUUUUCCCUUUCCCUCUUUUUCACCGGCACUUUGUCUCUCUUUUGUCGGGCUUAAUCUCUCAUCCAGAUUCAGGUUUGAGUCUGGAGCUUUAAUUACCAUAAAGAGGAGCGUGCACUCAUUCACACUGUACUUAGACAUGAACAUAUGCUUUUAGGCACACUCUGUCGCUCUAAAUUUCUCCCCGAUUCUCACUCCUUUUUUCUUUAAACAGGAUCUCCUUGUACCCCUGUCUCUGGGAUUAUAUUUCUUGCUUGCACCUCUGCCUUGGCAGUAGCUAUAUAAAAAAAAAGGAUCCUGCUGGAAAGCGUUUCACUGACAAAAGCUUUAGCAAAUUGUUUUGUUUGCUCACAAUACUUUCCCGUGAUACAUCCAAGCUCUUGUUGUGUGCCUGUUUACCCAACAUCAUUUCAUUAUUUACAUUACAACAUGGAACCAUGCUGCUGUAUUGUCAACUAUUUUGGGCGCUGACUUGCACUUCUACGCCUUUGUAACUAUUUUGGCAUUGUGUUCUCAAUUUAUGAUCUGUUUGCCGUUCGGCAUGGACAAUGUGCAUGCAAAUAUACUCGUCCCAUUAUGCCGGCUGUCUUUGUAUGUCAGCUUUCUUCCCUAAGAGGUAUAGGGCUGGGGUGGGAGGUGGGGGGGUUGCUGUAUGUUUUGGAUUUGUACAGGCACACGCGCGCAAAGGCACACCCAUCUGUGCCCCCCAAAAACCCAUUUCAGAUGUGAGAAACUGUACCCUCAUUUGCAUAAGAAUAAUUGACACUUCAAAUUAGCCUUCCAAUCAAAGAGGAUUCCUUUUUUCAGCAUAUGUGCAGCCACUGAGCACUGCCAUGCUGGAGGAUAUGAAAGGAAGGGCAUAAGAGAGCAUGGAUGGGGAGGGGAUGCGUCAUAAAAGAUUAACCCCUUCAUUUCCUCCCUUCAUAGCGGAGGAUUUGAUGUGCCCUUUUAUUGGAAAUAUAACUUGAAGUACAGUAAAAACAGACUUUUGUGGGAGAAUAGUAAAUGAUUUCUACUCUAAAUCAAGGGAUCCUAUGACUGCCUGCUGGUGCAAAAUGGUUUUCCACACUGACAGGGAUUCAGCUCUGAAAGCUUUAGGUGCUCUGGCUGGGUUAUGUGCACGUUUACACAUCUAUAUUCACCUCAGUGGCACUGGGCGCAGGCCAAGAGAGUGAGUGCUAUUAAGUUGAGUGUGUGUGUCAGUGCGGAUGUGUGUGGAUUGACGCUAUGCUCGCAUUAAACCAUUACAGCAAGUGCGAUGGUGAAUUAUUGAUAAUGGCUAAUGAAAAGGAUCAGUCCAGGAUAAACUACAGGCUUAACCAGAGCCCUGUGGACUUAAAUAUACACACACUCCCAAAACAUGCACAGACAGACAAAAUGUCAGUUCUUAGUUUUUUUGUUUUUUUGAUUUAAGCAUCUUUGACUGAUUCUUCAUUGUGCCAUCAUCAUUUUCAAACUACAUUACAACACAUUCACGUUAAGAGCAAAAAUGACCCUACAUUGGGAUGGGAUAGAUGCUACAUGCUAGCAGGUCUGCCCCAAUGACAACUAGAGAUCCCUUUUGAAGCUGAGCCAGUGUGUCGAGGAGAAUAAGGGACGGGGAUUCAGUUUUUUUUGGGGGGGAGGGGGCGAGAGAAAAGAGGGUUGAGGGUUGAGGGUUGAGGGUUUGGGGGAGGAGGGAGAGAGUUUGGCGCCGGCCCCUCUAAGGCGCUCAGCAUCCCCCCGCUUACGGGAUGGCGGAUGUGUCUGGGGGUAUCCAUGACAACACUGCUGCAUGCCAGGGACAUACCACAGCAACAUGGUCAAGUCGACUUGGUGUGAGUGUGUGUUUAUGUAGAUCUAUUAAGGCCCACGUAUCCUGGUGGCAUUAAUAUUUACACAACCAGACACGAACCGCAGCCGCUAUUGGCAUAGACUGCGGACCCCUUAAUUCACCCAAAAGAUCAACAUUAAUAUACCCCUGUACACACACACCAUUUUAAGUGAAUGUACAUCAGUUUUUUUGCAGUUUGAUGGAGUCAUAGUGAAACUUAAUAUAAAAAAACAAGCUUUACUGGGAUUGGACAGAGCUAACGGUUCUGCGCACUAACUUUUACACCAGUUUUAUAUGUUUUGUACUUAAACAAAAACAGCAGUGCCAAAACAUUUGCUCAGGUCGUGACACAGAGGUCAAGAGUCAUCCUCACACACAGCCUCACACAGUCUCACUCCUAUAUCUCUUGCACAGAUCAAGCUGUUAUAAUAAUCCCAUCUGGGACGGUCUCUAUUCACACACACACACAGAGUGUCCACAUAACGAUACACUGAUGAUUUCCUGUACGAGUGUGUGUCUGUGAAAGAGAGAGAAUAGAAGGGGCUUUAUGUGUCACAGGUUACAUACAAUUUUUUUAUUUCUUUAUUUCUUACCUUUAUCCCUGCCCACACAAACACACACAUGCACACAGUCAACUCAAGAUCCAGGGGGAGUGUAUUUUUAACCCUGGCUGCCUGUGCAUUUGCUCAGAGGUUAAAGGACCGAAUGGUGAAUCAAGUAAAUAAUUCACAAUCGCUGAAACUCUUUCGGUGUAACCCUCGGAAUGAAUGGGGGGAGGGAGACCAAAGAGACUUUGUUACAUCUUGGCACACAAUAGUCCUGUCCAAUCCCACUUAACUGUACAAAGUACAGAGAAACAAGUGGGUCAAAAAGCAAUAUCCAAUAAGGCACAGAGGGCUGAUGAGAUGGAGGUCCUGUAAAAUGUGAACAGCUACGACUACUCUUUGCAUGUGUAAUUAAAUACAGCAUAAGAUACAAAGAACUUUAUUAAUAUGAUUGACAGAGAGUGUAUGUCUUUGUUUUUAGGUAUGAUGAGGACCUCAUGGAUGGUGACCCAGAAACAAACAGCAUCGUGACUGAACCUCCCUGGCUCAAGAUGUGA